AUGACGAUAGUAAUUGACAUAGAAAAUGCCUAUUUAAGUGGAGUACAGGUGGAAAAUUGUUUGCUGUUUGCUCGACGCAAGUCUAGCUUUGUUGAUAGAUCACGUGGUAAAGGGAAUAGAAAAGACGAUAUAGAGAAUGAUGGCGAUGUACAAGAGAUAUACCUAAUGAUGUUAUUGUCAGAUAGUAUUUUGGCGAAUAGUACAGAAAAA